GAAUUUUCUUCCGUUGUUGCAAAUGAAAAAAUUAUAAUUUAUGGAGGUACCGAUGUAUCAAGAUCAGAAUUAUAUGGUGAUGUAGCUAUAUUAGAUACAAAUACUUGGACUUGGUCAAAACAGGAAACAACAAAUUCCCCUCCAAAUAGAAGUGGUCAUACUGCAACUCUUGUAGGUGCUAAUAUGAUAGUCGCAUUUGGUAGUACUGAUUCUUCUACAAUUGAUUCAAGUAUUUAUAUUUUAAAUAUAAUUAAUUGGUCUUGGGAUACUCAAUAUGUUCCUAUGGAAUUACCUUCAGAUGAUUCUUUUACUACAAUGAAAAAUAUAACUAAUCCUAAUAUUAAUCGUAAGAAUAACGCCAAUAAUGCUGAUACUACAAGGAUUUAUUUAAUAGUAAUAAUAGUUUUAGCAGUUGUUUGUGGUAUAUUAUUUAUUAUAAUAAUAUGGUAUGUUAUUUAUAAACUUAUUGAUGAUUAUAAAAUAAGGGCUGGAAUUCAUUUAGUAGGUCAUCCAUAUGAAUCAAAUCCUAUACAAUCAGCUGAACCACAACAACCUACUAGACCCCGUCCAGCUUUUCUCUGCUUGGGUAGAAGUAACAAGAGAGAUAAACAUUAUUCCACUCAAUCCACUCAAUCUGCUCAAGGAUUAGUUAAUAAUUAUUCAAUACCAACGUCACCGUCAACAGGUCCAUCAACACCUCAUACAAUGACAAUGAAUAAUAAUAGAUAUUCAAAUAAUUCAGGUUCUGGAACAUUUAAUAGACAUUCAUUUGCUUCAGGUGUUGGAGGUGCUGGAGGUAUUGGAAAUAUUGGACCUUUUACCAGAUUUUCAGGUGUUGGGAAAGUAACAUUUAGUGAUCAACCAGAAAU